CGAUGGUCCGGUAGUCCCAAAAUCGAAGAAACCAAAAACCUAUUAGCAGAAAGCCAUAACCUUUUUCUUUUGGAAAAACAGUUAAAAAGAAAAUUAGAAGAAUGCAGACACUAUGCACAAAGUUGCGAUCUUUCGCGGGACAAUCAAUCAGAACUCUGCCCGCAAUCUCAUUAUCUGGUCGCCAACUUCACUCUUCUUCACAGCUCUAUCAACCUCUCAUUUUCGCUUCUGCUUCUCGUAAAUGGAGCCUUACUAACGCAUCUUCGUUUCAAUUCCCUUCGGUUGCCUUUCAAACACCAUUGCGUUCUUCUGCAGUCUUUCCCUCUUUGGUGCAGGUACGUCAUGUUUCCUCAAGAGAGAGGCGAAAGAGGAGGAAGCCAAUGACACCAGUGAUCUCCAAAGUCAAGAAAAUUAAAAUAAAGUCCUAUUCAUCCUACAAGUCCAGAUUUCGGACAAUGAAUGAUGGGUCUAUCCGUCGCUGGAAGGAGGGCAAGAGACAUAAUGCACACUUGAAGGUCCAGCAUCAUGUAAAUGGUUUUAUCCUCUACAUUGAAACCACACUCAAGAUGACUUUCUGGCAUGUCUAUGGAGGGUUGCUUUCCUGAUUUCCAUACAUGCAAUUGCAGCUUCUUGCCGCGCAAUAUUUUGUACAAGUUGCUACAAAUGUUCAAUCAUACAAUCCAUGUUAACCAAUUGUGCUUGCCAGGCUUGCCUUAUCCAUGACCUAUGCCAUGUUUGAAUAUACCUAGGAAUCAGAAAAAACAAACAUCCCAAGUUGAAAGCUUAGGAACCAACUUUAGAGCAACAUAUAAUUCUACUUCUUUUGCGUACCAAUUGAGGCAGUAGUAGUGGUAAAAGCAGCAGAAAAUACUGCAGAGAUUUUGCUUAUUAAAUAAAUAAAUAAAGAUGCGUAUUGAAGCCUUGAACCUUAAGUAUGAUAUCACUAAUAAGAUGACUCCUACAGAAAUUAAAAAUCUAAAAAAAAAAAAAAAAUACCAU